AGAGUACUGUAGCGGGCUGUUUCAUUUAGAGUCCUAUUUCUCCACUCCACACCGCACUUAACCACAACCAACCACCUUACGCGUAUUUCUUUUUCAAAUUAGCAGACUCUUAUCGUCCUUACGGCGCAUUUUCUCAUCUGUUAAUUUUUUUUUCUUUCUUUCUUUCUUUCUUUCUUUCUCUCUCAAUUUCUCGUUUUUUGACUUCUUUUAACUUGUUCCCGUGUUAUUCGUCAUGUUUGCUCCUACUCUGCUGAAAGCUUCCUUCCGUUCCUUCUCCCGUGUUCAGUCGAUUUCCCGUGUCGGUGCUGUCGCUUCCUCUGUCGCUCGUGCUCGUCAGUGUUCUGGUGUCUCGUUGAACUCGUUGCGUCUCACUCCCCGUUGGUAUUCCACCGUCAGAUAUACUCGUGAACAUGAAUGGGUCUCUGUUGACGGGGACGUCGGAACUGUCGGUAUUACAAAGUACGCAGCUGAUGCCCUUAAUGACGUUGUGUUCGUCGAAUUGCCUGAAGAGGGUUCGGAAGUUUCUGUUGGUGACAACGUCGGUGCUGUCGAAUCCGUCAAGUCUGCCAGUGAUGUCUAUUCUCCCGUUUCUGGCUCAAUUGUUGACAUUAACGAAGAAUUGAAUGAUUCCCCUGGCACUAUUAAUGUCUCUCCUGAGAAGGAGGGCUGGUUGUGUAAGAUCAAGCUUUCUGAUGCUUCUGAGGUUGACAAAUUGCUCGACAAAGAGAGUUACGACACAUUUUGCAAAGAAGCUGAUGAGGCUCACUAAAUGUACGAGUAGAGACACAGUAGCGCUCUCCUUUCGCUCACACCCACGCACAUACACAUCCAUUCUCUCACUCACACACAUCCUUUCGCCAGACGUUAUUGUCUCUUUCUUUAACACUUGUAUGCUUAUCAUACGUUAUUAUGAACUCUUAUGCGCACCCACCAUACACAAGCCCUUCUCUCUUCUUUUCUAGUGACAGUUGGUAAACCGUAUCUCGGUUGGUGAACAGGGUGGAUUAUAGCCUUUCAGUUCAUUCAAUGUCCCUCUUUGCUCCUUGUUCAACCGAGGUCUUUUAUAGCAGCGUUGUUUUUAUAAUUAUCUUCUUUACGAUUUCUACAUGCGAUAUGAAAUGCACUAAAUUGUAUUCCUCCAUUCCUUUUCUCUCGGACUCAGAAAUUUAUCAGAGUUAAAAUUGUAAAUGAAUAUACAUACGAAUUAGAAAUAGCCUACAAAUUUUAGAGUGUCCUUUUUGUCAGCAGCGCCGUUAUUAAUUACAUCAAUAGUCGCCUUGGAAAAAAUACAAUGUUAAAAGGCAUCACCAAGGAUGACCAAAGGACUAGGAGUUUCGGCACAUAGACGUUUUAUGUCAACACAAACAUUAAGCAAAGAAAGAAGCAAUAAUAAGAGCCACGAUUGUAGGUGCAAAUGCACUCAAAGAGACAGAA